AUGUUCCGCGCAGCUCGUCUUCUCCGCGGCGUUAGCCCCUUCUCUGUAUUCCUGAUGGACCAGAAGAACAACCCGUCGCUACAGGGCGUGUCGAUCGCGAAGCGCGGCAAGAUGCUCUCCAAGAUGUACAAGGAGCUCUCGCAGCAGCAGCGUCGCGAUCUACAGAAAAGAGCGGAGGUGCACCCGAGCCUGCGCAAGUCGAAGCGCGCUAGGCCGCCGCGUAAGACGGAAUUCGCCGAGUUUGUGCGUCAGAACUACAAGGUGGUGCAGGGUCUUAACUACCGCAAGCGCUUCUCUGCCUUGUCCCAGCUAUACGAGCUCCACAAGCCGAUCGAGGUCCAGGUGACGAAAGCGCUAAAGGAGGCAAAGGCCAAGAAGGUGACCUCGGCCAAGACCGCCGUGAAAAAGGCUGCCACGAAGUCCAAGACCGCCAAGAGAGCCAAGGGGGGGAAGAGCACCCCGAAGAAGUCCACCGGAAAGAAAUAG